AUGGCUUUAACGGUUGACAAAUUGAUGAACGACGACAGAUUUUGUGGUGAAAAUGUGCUGCAAUUCCUGCUAUACCUACCAUUUGGUAUUCUGUUGUUGGCAUUCAGGACCCUCUUGGCAUUAAUAUUAUGGGUGGCAUCUAUAAUACUCCCUGAUAAGUCAGGGAUCAGGCAAAUGUUGUCUACAUUGGCUUGCUGGACAUUUGGAGUUUAUGUAAAGCUAAAGGGUACAAGAGAUCCUCGUUGCAGUGUCAUGGUGGCCAACUAUGUGUCAUGUUUGGAUUCACUCGCUGCCUCCCAUGUCCUAAGUACUAUAAGUUUAAGAAAAUGGAAAGUACCACCAUUUUUUGCAGCGACUCUUGGCAUUAGAAAUGCUUCUCAGUUCGUUAGAAAACAACAUUUUGCUGAGAGUCCCAGCAAGCCUGUAUUGUUACAACCCGAAGGUGGUCCCACAAAUGGUAAAGGACUACUCAGGUUUACAGACUGGCCCUUCCAGAUGGGCAACAGAGUACAGCCGGUAGCGAUCAGUGUGGAGAGAUUGUUCACGAACGUGACGGUGCACCGGCCGUCAGACUCGCGCGACAAGUUCCCCUGGUCGGACGCGCUGUGGUUCCUGUGGACGCCCGUGACGGUGUUCACGGUGCGGGUGCUGCCCUCUAUAGAACGACAUGACGAUGACGACGUUGCCUUCGCUGCUAAUAUUAGAGAAAAUAUUGCUGAGGCACUCGAGAUCGAACAAACAGAGUUUAAAUGGGAGCAGCUGAACGUGGGGCGGCGCGCGGCGCGGCGCCGGGACGCGCCCGACGUCACGCGCCUCGCCGCGCAGGUCAAGGAGGUGCUGCCGCGCGUGCCGCUCAGCGACAUCCUCAGGGACCUCGGGACCUCGGUGAGCACUACACCUGACAUAUACCUGUAUAUGUAUACCGCCCGACGUCACGCGCCUCGCCGCGCAGGUCAAGGAGGUGCUGCCGCGCGUGCCGCUCAGCGACAUCCUCAGGGACCUCGGUCAAGGAGGUGCUGCCGCGCGUGCCGCUCAGCGACAUCCUCAGGGACCUCGGUGAGCACUACACCUGACAUAUACCUGUAUAUGUAUACCGCCCGACGUCACGCGCCUCGCCGCGCAGGUCAAGGAGGUGCUGCCGCGCGUGCCGCUCAGCGACAUCCUCAGGGACCUCGGUCAAGGAGGUGCUGCCGCGCGUGCCGCUCAGCGACAUCCUCAGGGACCUCGGUGAGCACUACACCUGACAUAUACCUGUAUAUGUAUACCGCCCGACGUCACGCGCCUCGCCGCGCAGGUCAAGGAGGUGCUGCCGCGCGUGCCGCUCAGCGACAUCCUCAGGGACCUCGGUCAAGGAGGUGCUGCCGCGCGUGCCGCUCAGCGACAUCCUCAGGGACCUCGGUGAGCACUACACCUGACAUAUACCUGUAUAUGUAUACCGCCCGACGUCACGCGCCUCGCCGCGCAGGUCAAGGAGGUGCUGCCGCGCGUGCCGCUCAGCGACAUCCUCAGGGACCUCGGUCAAGGAGGUGCUGCCGCGCGUGCCGCUCAGCGACAUCCUCAGGGACCUCGGUGAGCACUACACCUGACAUAUACCUGUAUAUGUAUACCGCCCGACGUCACGCGCCUCGCCGCGCAGGUCAAGGAGGUGCUGCCGCGCGUGCCGCUCAGCGACAUCCUCAGGGACCUCGGUCAAGGAGGUGCUGCCGCGCGUGCCGCUCAGCGACAUCCUCAGGGACCUCGGUGAGCACUACACCUGACAUAUACCUGUAUAUGUAUACCGCCCGACGUCACGCGCCUCGCCGCGCAGGUCAAGGAGGUGCUGCCGCGCGUGCCGCUCAGCGACAUCCUCAGGGACCUCGGUCAAGGAGGUGCUGCCGCGCGUGCCGCUCAGCGACAUCCUCAGGGACCUCGGUGAGCACUACACCUGACAUAUACCUGUAUAUGUAUACCGCCCGACGUCACGCGCCUCGCCGCGCAGGUCAAGGAGGUGCUGCCGCGCGUGCCGCUCAGCGACAUCCUCAGGGACCUCGGUCAAGGAGGUGCUGCCGCGCGUGCCGCUCAGCGACAUCCUCAGGGACCUCGGUGAGCACUACACCUGACAUAUACCUGUAUAUGUAUACCGCCCGACGUCACGCGCCUCGCCGCGCAGGUCAAGGAGGUGCUGCCGCGCGUGCCGCUCAGCGACAUCCUCAGGGACCUCGGUCAAGGAGGUGCUGCCGCGCGUGCCGCUCAGCGACAUCCUCAGGGACCUCGGUGAGCACUACACCUGACAUAUACCUGUAUAUGUAUACCGCCCGACGUCACGCGCCUCGCCGCGCAGGUCAAGGAGGUGCUGCCGCGCGUGCCGCUCAGCGACAUCCUCAGGGACCUCGGUCAAGGAGGUGCUGCCGCGCGUGCCGCUCAGCGACAUCCUCAGGGACCUCGGUGAGCACUACACCUGACAUAUACCUGUAUAUGUAUACCGCCCGACGUCACGCGCCUCGCCGCGCAGGUCAAGGAGGUGCUGCCGCGCGUGCCGCUCAGCGACAUCCUCAGGGACCUCGGUCAAGGAGGUGCUGCCGCGCGUGCCGCUCAGCGACAUCCUCAGGGACCUCGGUGAGCACUACACCUGACAUAUACCUGUAUAUGUAUACCGCCCGACGUCACGCGCCUCGCCGCGCAGGUCAAGGAGGUGCUGCCGCGCGUGCCGCUCAGCGACAUCCUCAGGGACCUCGGUCAAGGAGGUGCUGCCGCGCGUGCCGCUCAGCGACAUCCUCAGGGACCUCGGUGAGCACUACACCUGACAUAUACCUGUAUAUGUAUACCGCCCGACGUCACGCGCCUCGCCGCGCAGGUCAAGGAGGUGCUGCCGCGCGUGCCGCUCAGCGACAUCCUCAGGGACCUCGGUCAAGGAGGUGCUGCCGCGCGUGCCGCUCAGCGACAUCCUCAGGGACCUCGGUGAGCACUACACCUGACAUAUACCUGUAUAUGUAUACCGCCCGACGUCACGCGCCUCGCCGCGCAGGUCAAGGAGGUGCUGCCGCGCGUGCCGCUCAGCGACAUCCUCAGGGACCUCGGUCAAGGAGGUGCUGCCGCGCGUGCCGCUCAGCGACAUCCUCAGGGACCUCGGUGAGCACUACACCUGACAUAUACCUGUAUAUGUAUACCGCCCGACGUCACGCGCCUCGCCGCGCAGGUCAAGGAGGUGCUGCCGCGCGUGCCGCUCAGCGACAUCCUCAGGGACCUCGGUCAAGGAGGUGCUGCCGCGCGUGCCGCUCAGCGACAUCCUCAGGGACCUCGGUGAGCACUACACCUGACAUAUACCUGUAUAUGUAUACCGCCCGACGUCACGCGCCUCGCCGCGCAGGUCAAGGAGGUGCUGCCGCGCGUGCCGCUCAGCGACAUCCUCAGGGACCUCGGUCAAGGAGGUGCUGCCGCGCGUGCCGCUCAGCGACAUCCUCAGGGACCUCGGUGAGCACUACACCUGACAUAUACCUGUAUAUGUAUACCGCCCGACGUCACGCGCCUCGCCGCGCAGGUCAAGGAGGUGCUGCCGCGCGUGCCGCUCAGCGACAUCCUCAGGGACCUCGGUCAAGGAGGUGCUGCCGCGCGUGCCGCUCAGCGACAUCCUCAGGGACCUCGGUGAGCACUACACCUGACAUAUACCUGUAUAUGUAUACCGCCCGACGUCACGCGCCUCGCCGCGCAGGUCAAGGAGGUGCUGCCGCGCGUGCCGCUCAGCGACAUCCUCAGGGACCUCGGUCAAGGAGGUGCUGCCGCGCGUGCCGCUCAGCGACAUCCUCAGGGACCUCGGUGAGCACUACACCUGACAUAUACCUGUAUAUGUAUACCGCCCGACGUCACGCGCCUCGCCGCGCAGGUCAAGGAGGUGCUGCCGCGCGUGCCGCUCAGCGACAUCCUCAGGGACCUCGGUCAAGGAGGUGCUGCCGCGCGUGCCGCUCAGCGACAUCCUCAGGGACCUCGGUGAGCACUACACCUGACAUAUACCUGUAUAUGUAUACCGCCCGACGUCACGCGCCUCGCCGCGCAGGUCAAGGAGGUGCUGCCGCGCGUGCCGCUCAGCGACAUCCUCAGGGACCUCGGUCAAGGAGGUGCUGCCGCGCGUGCCGCUCAGCGACAUCCUCAGGGACCUCGGUGAGCACUACACCUGACAUAUACCUGUAUAUGUAUACCGCCCGACGUCACGCGCCUCGCCGCGCAGGUCAAGGAGGUGCUGCCGCGCGUGCCGCUCAGCGACAUCCUCAGGGACCUCGGUCAAGGAGGUGCUGCCGCGCGUGCCGCUCAGCGACAUCCUCAGGGACCUCGGUGAGCACUACACCUGACAUAUACCUGUAUAUGUAUACCGCCCGACGUCACGCGCCUCGCCGCGCAGGUCAAGGAGGUGCUGCCGCGCGUGCCGCUCAGCGACAUCCUCAGGGACCUCGGUCAAGGAGGUGCUGCCGCGCGUGCCGCUCAGCGACAUCCUCAGGGACCUCGGUGAGCACUACACCUGACAUAUACCUGUAUAUGUAUACCGCCCGACGUCACGCGCCUCGCCGCGCAGGUCAAGGAGCGAAUACGAGGAGCGUGGACGUAACAAUCACGAACUUCCUGGAAGGCGUGACGCCGUACACGCCGGAGCCCGAUCCGCCCGCGGAGCCCGGGCCCAGCACGUCGCAGGUGACCCCCAGAUACGUGACCCCCGUCCCCACCGGGGUCUUCCCCAAAAGCGCAAAGGAGCGACAGCUCAGUUUCCAAGAGAAAAAAGCUCAAAUGAUCGCCGAAGCUCGCAAGAGGUAUAUAGAGAAACACGGACUCAGUGUAGCUUUGAACAAUUGUUGA